AUGACCAGCGAGCUGAAGGAUCUAAAAAAGCAGGAGAGGCAGAUCAAGUCUACUUUCGACGGUGUGAGGAAGUUUUUGGACCAGUUUAAGACAGAAAAACAUGCAGCUCAAACUGCCACCCGACUGGAAAUGCUUGAAACAGCCAUGAAAAAAUUCUACACUGUGCAACAAAAAUUGGAAAUCGUGCAAGAAGAGGAAGAUGAGGAAACCAAAGAAUCCCCCGAGCAGCACUGCGAACGUCAACAGAAACGUGACGAUGCCAGUGCACACUGCAGCCUUCCGGGAACCAAUUCUCGUGUGAAGCUGCCUGAGAUCCGACUUCCUAGCUUCGGAUGCCUCACUCGUGAGUGGGUUACCUUUCGGGAUACUUUUCGGAGCUUGAUCCAUUUGAACGAUCAACUAUCUACUAUGGACAAGUUCACGUAUCUCCGAUCUUCGCUAACUGGGGACGCCUUUCAGGAAAUUGCUUCGGUGGAUGUGACAGCAGCAUUAUUCCGUAGCAUGGGAUCUUCUCCAAAAACGCUACGAGAAUAA